AUGGCAUUUCGUUACAACACCCCCGACCCCGAACUCAGCAUCAAGCUAGAGAAUCCUAGACAUCUUUCUCCUGGCCACCUUCCGCGGUACAUCCCGGGUGAGACAAUUAUCGGUGUUGUUCGUCGCACUACACCUGGCGCCGUUCCAGAGGCACGAGUAGUCGUCACUCUUCACGGGAGGUGUACCUCCAAGAUCAAGAUCAAGAGGGGCAAUUCCGAGAGUCGCUAUGAGAGUUCGUUCAACUGCCUGAGUACCCCAAUGGAGCCUGAGAUCCUGUUCUCCAAUGCACCAUUGCAUAUUCCGGAGGGCGAAGGAAUGUCAUGGCCCUUUGCAGUCACGAUCCCUCCAGUCGUUGAGGACGUUCGGCGUGCCGAUCAGAGAAAGCAUUAUACUCUCCCAGGUGGUCCUACGUUCCCUCCUCCUGGUUCUUUUGCCGUAUACUCGGAAAGUAUCUGGACAACCGGCGAGAAAGUCAGGGCCUCUGUCGAGUACUACGUGCAGGCGAGGAUAGAGCUUUCUCAUGUACAUCGGGGAAUCACGAAGAAGGCCAUACAUACCGCCAAGGCCCCAUUUCGGCUAAGAGACGUCAAAAUUGGACCACCUAUCACGAAUUUCAACCUGAAACGGCAUCAGAUGACGCAAAUGAUUGCUGCGUACAAGCUUGUCCCAGGUAUCGGGGAGCUUACCUUCGGUCAGAAAACACGCCAAGCCUUCAUGACAACAAGUGUGCCCAGGCUCACAUUCAAAUUCAAUGUGAUUCUUCCACAUACCCUGCAGCUUGAGAACGAGAGCCCCAUUCCAAUCUAUCUCUCCGCUGAGCCCGUUUCCGGAUCCACAACCGAUAUCAUUCACGAUGUGCCACAGACAAUAAUCAUCAAAUCGUUCGUGCUACGGCUCAAGCAGCAGACUAUGGUUCAAGCGGAGAAGCAUAAUUCAGUCAUUAGUGAGGCAGUAAACCUCAUCCCGAACACCGCCGUCAGCGCGCUGGGACGGGAAGUCAGCCUUACCGUCAUCCCGCGGACUAGCGGGCAACCCGAAGAAUCUCCGCAGAUAAAUCUCGGCGAGAUGCUGGAUUUCCGGAUGCGCAAGCAUGGCUUGCACCCGACAUUCAAGACAUAUAACGUCGGUCGCACUUAUAAUCUGGCCUGGGAGGUGGAGGGGCGGGUCGCGGGGGAGAAGUUUAAGCUUGGUUACACGCAUCAGGCUAAAGUGUUGCCGGGCCCCUCCGAUGUGCCAGAGUUUGAGAGCCCAGCGCCGCGGCCUGAGGCUUUACCAGAGUACCUGGAGCUGAGCGAGGCGCCGCCUGCUUAUUCUGCAUAA